AUGUCGCAUGCCCUCACUGUUCUGUUUACCUAUCCUCCGAUUCGACAUCAACACACCCCGAAUAUACAUAUUGAACUUGUGACGAGAAUGGCUGCUAAGCCAAAGGUUGCUUUCAUCGGAUUGGGUGCCAUGGGGAUGGGAAUGGCCGUACACUUGCUCGAAGACGGUUUCGCUGUGACCGGGUUCGAUGUUAACCCCAUGGCUCUAGAGAAACUGCUUGCCAUGGGUGGUGAGGCGGCUGAUAGUCCAAAAAAAUGCGUCCAAGAAGCCUCAUUUGUUAUCUGCAUGGUUGCAAACUCUAUGCAAACCGAGGAUGCAUUUUUUGCCGACUCAGCGGGCGCAGUUUUUGGCCUCACACAGAACGCGGUUGUCAUAUUGUGCUCAACUGUUGCACCAGGGUUUCCGGUGGAGAUUUUGGGCCGCAUUCACCAUGUCUUCCAAAGACCAGAUGUACAGGUGUUGGAUUGUCCCGUGUCUGGUGGAACCAUACGCGCUGCUCGAGGGAUGCUGACUAUCCUGUCAUCGGGCCCGACAGGCGUUUUGAAAACGGCCCAGCCAAUUUUGAAGUCAAUGAGCGAGAACCUGUAUGAGAUUGAUGGAGGACUAGGUGCUGCGAACAAGGUCAAACUUAUCAACCAACACCUUGCUGGUGUUCAUAUUGCUGUCUCUGCAGAGGCAAUGGGGCUAUCUGCAACCUUGGGAGUGAAUACAAAGGAAGUUUAUGAGGCCAUUUUGAAAGGCCCAGCGUGUAGUUGGAUGUUUGAGAAUCGAGUACCUCAUAUGCUAUCCAACGACUGGACGCCACAUUCUGCUAUCAGUAUCUUUGUUAAGGAUAUGCGAAUUGUGACCUCGGAAGGUCUUCUUCAGAACUUUCCUCUUUAUAUUGCGUCUGCGACAGAACGACUUUAUCAGUAUGCCGCGCGGAUGGGAUAUGGAAAAGACGACGAUGCUAGUCUUGUUCGACUUUUCCUAGCACAAACUCCAUCUCUGGUCUCGGAAGCGAAACAUUUCCAGAACUCUGAUAAUGUGCACGCAUCCGAAUUGAUUUGUCAGUUACUGGAGACUGUUCACACCCUCGCAGCGGUUGAAGCUCUGGCCCUCGGAGAGAAACUCGGUCUUUCGAUCAACGCUCUCACAUCAAUCAUUUCAAAUGCUGCUGGUGCUAGCGAGUCCUUCAAAGAAAUAACCUCAAUGAUCUUAGCUGGCGACCUGUCAUCUGGAUACACCAUCAUACAGACACGGAACAAGCUGAAAGAAGUGAUAACCCUUGCUCAAAUGCAUAAUUAUCCUCUUCAGCUUACAGCCACUAUAUUCCAGCUGUUACAACAGGCUGUGGCCUAUGGCCUGGGCGAGGAAGGCCAAACAACGCUCGUCAAGCUUUGGACAACAUCAAGUCUCUUAGUCGAGCCCUUGACCAUCACCGAAUACGACCCUAUCUCCCUCUCGGAAUUGUACUCAAAAUUGCCGAAACUUGAACCCAACGCAGAAACCCUUCUACGUAAUAUUCAAGAUCAUUUACGGGCUGAGCAGGACUUCAAGCUCGUUGUUCUUGAUGAUGACCCAACAGGAACGCAGACGUGCCAUGACAUCAAUGUCCUUACCAUGUGGGAUGUUGAUCUUCUGGCCUCAGAGUUCCAAUCAGAGAGUGAAGGCUUUUUCAUUUUGACCAACAGUCGCUCUUUGCCUCCCAACGAAGCUCGCACGCUAGUUAGUGAGAUACUGCAAAAUGUUUCUCGGGCGGCUACUAUGACUGGUAAACAGUUCGAGGUUGUUCUUCGGGGAGACUCUACAUUGCGUGGUCAUUUCCUGGAAGAAGUUGAAUCGCAUAUUGAUACGAUUGGCCCUCCCGAUGCAUGGAUUCUUGCGCCGUUCUUUGGGCCAGGUGCUCGCUACACCAUCGAUGACGUACAAUAUGUGGGCGACCGAGAUACCCUGGUCCCAGCUGCGAGAACUCCGUUUGCUAAAGAUAGAACCUUUGGCUACAGAUCCUCAAAUCUCAGAGAGUGGGUUCGUGAAAAGGCAGGAUCGCGUUUUUCCAGCAAGGAUAUACUGUCUGUCACAUUGGAUGAUAUCAGACUCGGAGGAGUCUCUGCAGUUGAGCAAAAAUUGCUUCGUGUGCCCAAAAGUGGAAUCCUGAUCGUGAACGCAGUCCAGAUGGAGGAUAUGCUUAUAUUCAGUCAGGCUUUAUUGGAAGUACGCAAAAAGCACAGACUCCGUUUUGCCUAUCGAACAGGGGCAAGCUUUGUAUCUAGUCGCCUCGGGAUCCCAGUCAAACCGGUCAUUUUACCGAGCCAGAUCCCGACUUUCACACCCGUGAGACACACCGGAGGCCUAAUUAUAGCGGGCUCUUAUGUUCCCAAGUCUACCACGCAGGUCGAAGCAUUGAUCCAAAGAUCAGGGGGCAAUCUAACAGCUCUCACCGUGGAAGUGCAAGCCUUAUUGAUCGAGCUCCAGCAAUAUCCCCACAUUCCCACAAUGCUCCGUCAUUCACCCGCGUUGCAAAACAUUGUUGCGCGUGCGUCUGAGGACCUUAAAAAUGGCAAAGAUGUGCUGGUGAUGACCAGUCGAGACCUUGUGACACUAGAUUCUGUCACUUCUUGGGCACCCGAAACUCCACAAAGAAUAACGAAUUUGGACAUCAACAACUUGGCCGCCAAUGCUUUGGUACACAUUGUUCGCCACUUGAGCAUUUGCCCUCGAUAUGUGCUAGCGAAGGGAGGCGUGACAUCAUCUGAUGCAGCGACAGCUGGUAUAGGAAUAAAACGCGCAAGAGUGCUGGGCCAGGCGGCGCCUGGUGUUCCCGUCUGGUGGUGCCAGAGUGAAGAAGAUCUAAAGUCUCAAGACCAAGGAGGGCGGGAUGUUAAAUGGACUGAGGUGCCAUUGAUCAUUUUUCCAGGCAAUGUUGGAGAUGAAGAUAGCUUGGCCGCUGUAGUCGAGCAGUGGGCACUACGAUAG